CUCCCUCAUUACAUCAUCUUCAGCCCGUGGCCGCCGUACAGGACUGGGCGCGGCGCGAUCCACUCACCCCGGGGCUCCAGCCCGCUCUCCCGAGUCUCUCCUGGCCCUCCCCGCACCUGCUCCAGGGCCAAGACCGGGAGAAACCCGCGGGCUAGCUCCCAGAACCCGCUAGGCACAGCUAGCGGACCUCGGCAGCUCCGCCUGAUCCAUUCAUUGAGAGCCGCGUAUUUUGCCGGAACCCCAGUCCCCCGCCUCCUCCAGCUCGGAGCCGCGGGUAGCGCCAUGGAGAAGAGCAGCGAUACCAACGGCUACCUAGACAGCGCCCAGGCGGGGCCUGCAGCGGGGCCUGGCGCGCGGGGGAAAACGGCCCGACGCGCGCGGCGCUGCGCUGACUUCCUACGGCGCCACGCGCUGGUGCUGCUCACAGUGUCCGGAGUGGUGGCGGGCGCCGGCCUGGGCGCGGCGCUGCGUGGGCUCAAGCUGAACCGCACACAGGUCACCUACCUGGCCUUUCCUGGAGAGAUGCUGCUCCGCAUGCUGCGCAUGAUCAUCCUGCCGCUGGUGGUCUGCAGCCUGGUAUCGGGCGCCGCCUCCCUUGACGCCAGCUCUCUCGGGCGCCUGGGCGGCAUCGCCAUAGCCUACUUCGGCCUCACCACACUAGGCGCCUCGGCUCUCGCAGUCGCUUUGGCGUUCAUCAUCAAGCCUGGAUCUGGCGCGCAGACCCUUCAGUCCAGCGACCUGGGUCUGGAGGAGACGGGGCCCCCACCGGUCCCCAAAGAGACAGUGGACUCAUUCCUCGACCUGGCCAGAAACCUGUUUCCCUCAAAUCUUGUGGUUGCAGCUUUCCGUACGUAUGCCACCGACUAUAGAGAGGUGACCCACAACACAAGCGCUGGAAACAUAACCCGUGAAAAGAUCCCCAUUGGCACUGAAAUUGAAGGUAUGAACAUUUUAGGAUUGGUCCUUUUUGCCCUGGUGCUAGGAGUGGCCCUGAAGAAACUCGGCUCUGAAGGAGAAGAGCUCAUUCGUUUUUUCAAUGCCCUCAAUGAGGCGACGAUGGUGCUGGUGUCAUGGAUUAUGUGGUACGUACCUGUGGGCAUCAUGUUCCUGGUUGGAAGCAAGAUUGUGGAAAUGAAGGACAUCAUCGUGCUGGUGACCAGCCUGGGGAAAUAUAUCUUCACAUCUAUAUUGGGCCAUUUUAUUCACGGAGGAAUUGUUCUGCCACUUAUUUAUUUUGUCUCCACAAGAAAAAACCCAUUCAGGUUCCUCCUGGGCCUCCUCACACCAUUUGCAACAGCAUUUGCCACCUGCUCCAGCUCUGCAACCCUUCCCUCUAUGAUAAAGUGCAUUGAAGAAAACAAUGGUGUAGACAAGAGGAUCGGCAGGUUCAUCCUCCCCAUCGGGGCCACUGUGAACAUGGACGGCGCAGCCAUCUUCCAGUGUGUGGCCGCAGUGUUCAUUGCCCAGCUCAACAACGUGGAGCUGAAAGCAGGCCAGAUUUUCACCAUUCUAGUGACAGCCACAGCGUCCAGUGUUGGAGCAGCAGGUGUGCCAGCUGGAGGGGUCCUCACCAUCGCCAUUAUCCUGGAGGCCAUUGGGCUGCCCACUCAUGACCUCUCUCUGAUCCUGGCUGUGGACUGGAUUGUGGACCGCACCACCACCGUGGUGAACGUGGAGGGCGAUGCCCUGGGUGCCGGCAUCCUCCACCACCUGAAUCAGAAGGCGACGAAGAGAGGCGAGCAGGAACUGAGCGAGGUCAAAGUGGAGGCCGUCCCCAACUGCAAGUCGGAGGAGGAGACGUCACCCCUGGUGACACACCCAAACCCCACUGGCCGUGCGGCCAGCACCCCCGAGUCCAAGGAGUCAGUUCUGUGAUGGGGCUGGGCUUCCAGCUUGCCUGCCGGGGAUGCCCGCCCCAUUGGUCCGGUCAGCAGACCUGGGCACCGCCUUCACUGACUUUUAGCCUCCCGUGCAAUGCUUUGGCCCAGUCACUGGUUUGAGGAUUAUUUCUUAGCACAGGCAUUGGGCUUCCCAGCGGGAACUGGUUCCCAAGGACCAGGACACUCUGCCAUUUGGCUUACCAUGUCUAGGUGCAACUGUGGACACCCCAGCUCUGUUUGGAAACACACCCUCGAGCUGCCGGGCGCAGGGAGUAACAGGCUCACAGGACCUGGUGGUUAAAGCUUGGAAAAUGCACAUGUUACUUCAUUGCACCCAGGAAAGCUCAGCAUUGGGUGCUUUCCAGGCAGACCUGGAUGGGUGGCAGUCCUCUGUCACAUUGCCUCGUGAGCCAUAGUAAUUGGAAAAAUUCCCAAAUUCAUAGCCGUGGCUGGAAUUCGCUGAGCUGGGCCUCAGGUGUUGAGAGUCUACAAAUUGGCGUGACUGGCUUCUGGGUCACUAGGCUGGAGGCGCUGCAGGUCAUCGAGUUAGAAAUACUCCAUGGUGUUAGCACUGCUAGGGUCUCUGGUCAGUGGCACUAAGUGAACAAUUACAUUCUGAAGUCAAAGAAAGGAGGGGGGGUACAGGCUGCAGGGGGAAGGGAAGCAGCCUGAUCAGGCCAGGACACACACACAGACACAGACA